AUGUAUUUAACGUGUAAAAUACCGGUAAAUUACUGGACCGCAAGGCGGGCAUUUGGAAGUGUGGCGCUGCUUGGGCGCGAGUUGAAGUCAGAUCUGAAUCGAGAUAAGGGCCCCGCCAAGCGACGCACGGAGAUUCAGAACACGUCCGAUGAUUCUCUGCAGUGUACAGUACAUGAAGACCUCUGUGUCGUCCAUCUGUGCUCAGGCUUCCUUCCUCCAUAUGCGCCAGGUAGCAAAUUGCUAGGAAGGCCCUCCCUCAUUCCGCAGCGCGCUCGUAUUGCGCAUUGUGUCGCAUGUGUUGCGCGUCGCCCCGUGUCCGCCGCCUGCCCGCCGUGUCGUCGACGGUAUGACAGGGACACUGACUUCUUCAAUCGCUUCGCGGAGCAGGCUAGGACGGCAAACACGGAAAGCAAGCACGGUGUAUUGGAUGAGCUGCUCAAGGCGGAGAACGACCCAAUCUACUUCCUGACGUUGUCGGGCAACGUCGCCCAGUUUGCCGUGCUUGACUCUGCAAUGACGCAUGGGAUACCGUUCACUGCGACGCCGUUCGUGCCCACGAGCAGCGAGCCGGGGCCCGACGACGACAGGGGGUGGAACGAGGGCUUGUCAAAUGAACACGAGAGAGGCAACUCGGAACGCAAGAGUGCGCCUGGUCGGGAGGAAGGAUAUGGCGAGCCCGGUGUCACUGCACCUACCACUGCUCUUGCCGUUUGCGUCCCUCAUCCCUGGGUCCCGGGCUCCUCUCUGUCUGGUGUUGCGUCCGUGUUGAGGGACGUCGCAACGCGACUACACCCUGUAUUCAAGCCAAUACUGGUUCUGCUACCUCUCGAGAAGUCUGUACUCAAUCACCUGUAG